GCAAAGCCCGUGCCUACUUAGCAUAUUGAUAAGAUAUUCGAUGUACGUGCAGUAGACACUCGCCAAUAAAAAAUAACUUCUGUCUGGACGUGAUUGCUAAGACAAGAACACCUUUUGUUAAGUAUUCUGACUAUUUUCCUAAAUGUUUUGGAUCGUGCCUAUUUAAAGGUAAUUCAAGUUUGAACUUGCGCGAAAGCAGCAGGAUAACAGGUCAGUGAGCGGGUCAGUGAGAUUGAAGCGGGUCUGGCUUUCUGCCCUUCACCUCCCUGCGCAAGAAAUGAACAAGUGCGGACGGAGACUGAGAGGGGAUCAAUUCACACCACCAACCCACAGGAUCACUACCAUCGCUAGUUUGAGCGAAGAGCUCCCGGAGAUACAACCUCAAUUGUCCGGUGAUUUCCCAUUUGAAAGUGCCAGACCAUAAAACACCUCCAUCACUUUUGUUCAUGCCCAUGGCUUGAAACAAAUGUCAUUCCAUACACAUACUGUGCCUUCAAGCAUCGGAAAAUCCAAGAGAUUCAUUCAUACGCACAUUGGUUAGGACGAUUAAUGCAUGAUGCAACAGUUGAUACAAAUGGUACCAUGAGUCAUGAUGACGUGAGGAGUGGCUGAGAUCCCAAUUGAAUCUACGUGCGCGUAUUUUUUUAAAGAAAUUACAAGAAAGAAACCAUCAAGAGCUAAGAGUGAACCAAAUCACCGAAUUUCAGUGUUGUGAAGAGUAAUCAGACUCGAUCGAAGUCUUCUCUCACGAUGCCAUUUGGAGCCAGAUUCCUCCUCUGUUUUUGUCUGCUCGGGAUGUCGGUGGCUCGCCCAUCAGAGCCUCAUACCGAUCUUCUGAAAUGCAAGGAAGAUUCCGGGUGUCAUGAGGGCAGCUAUUGCCAAUACAAAUUAAACCAAUCCAUAUGCAUAAGUUGCCAUUCUUGCCAAAUGCUAUACAACCGCCAAAACUCUAGCCAAAACUUGUGUGUGAAGAAUUGGAAAGAUUGCGGCCAAUGCCUUCCUGGCUUUGACGAAGAAACUCUCACGGGAAACAAAACCCGCGACCGAUGUAUCCCGUCUGUUGUUUCUCAUUCAGUGCUGUCGCAAGGAACAACCUUAGGCGAGUUUACACCUUCGCCCGAAGUGGAUCAACAAAUAACGAAAUCCCAUUGGCUCACGUGGAUCCCCAGUGGCAUUAUCAUGUUGGGGAUAAUAUGCAUUUGUUGUAGGUGGCUCUGGAAAAACCCCGUGAAACGCCAAAACGGCACUCCCGAUGUUGAAUGCUUGACAAAUUUGAUUGCUAAGUCAAGUGAGCCACAACUCCAGCCAAGUUAUGACGAGGCGGCGAUCCCUCGUACGGAGCUUGGCUCCGUUGAGGGACCCAGAGAAGAGGGAAACAAUGCCACACCAUUCAACACCGCUAUCGAUUACCGCCCACAGACUUCAACCCCAGGGAUAGGGUUCAUGCCGGACCCAAAUGAUAUCGAUCAUUUGGAGCCAUGGAAUAAUCAGGUGCCAUUGGGAUCGCCACGUGAUCCUGGGAGUCCGACUGGAAGUCAGAUCUCCAGGGCCACGGAGCCUAGUGUCUGGGAACCAACAUUGGACGACUUUUCCGAGUAUGAUGAACAAGACAAUAUCCAUAAUUCGUCGGUCGAAGUCAAUGAUUCGGGUUGUCAGACGGAUGCAGGAACCAUGAACUCCAUUGAAGGCUCUCAAAAUUCAUUGCCGUCGACUACAUCACGAAUCGAAAAUCCUCAUGCACAUUCGUCGCCAAUAGGUUCUGUUACAUCUGAUCUCGAAAACGUGGUAGCUUCUUGUGAAAGCCUACCAAAAGCCGUCAUAGAAUAUUCGCCGACUCUAGUCCCUCAGCGAAGCUUUUCGGUCACCGAAUUAUCAUCCAACUCAACUCGUGACGCAUUACCGUUAACGACGACGUCAGACUCAUCAACGACAACAACGACGGGGUCAAAUCAGUUUAAGCGAAGCAUAAGCCAUCAGCAAGACCAAGACCAGCCUGUCAAAAGGCGGAAAUCCAAUGAUAUUAAGGAGAACUAGUAAACAAUGUGCUCAGUGUCUAUUCUAGCUUAAGCUAUUGUUCUGUUUUUUUUCUUCAUAUUUGGCGGUAUUUGGGCUUGUCCUAAUUCCAUUUACUGAAAGAACCGAUUGCAUUUUAAAGACUCGAUAUUUAUACCAUACCAAAUCAAUACAUGCUCAUUUUUGGUCCAUGUUAAACUGAAACAUGAUGCAGCAAAGUCCGUUA